AUGUAUCGCUUUGCUUCUAGCCUCGCCUCCAAAGCAAGGAUUGCUAGGAGUGGCAGCAAACAGGUUGGAAGUAGGCUGAGCUGGAACCGAAAUUAUGCGGCUAAAGACAUUAAAUUUGGUGUGGAGGCUCGUGCUCUGAUGCUUAAGGGUGUUGAAGAGCUUGCUGAUGCUGUCAAAGUAACCAUGGGUCCCAAGGGGCGUAAUGUCGUGAUUGAGCAAAGUUUUGGUGGCCCUAAAGUAACCAAAGAUGGAGUAACUGUUGCAAAGAGCAUUGAGUUCAAGGAUAAAGUUAAGAAUGUUGGUGCCAGUCUCGUAAAGCAGGUUGCCAAUGCUACUAAUGAUGUGGCUGGUGAUGGAACCACAUGUGCCACAGUCCUUACACGAGCCAUAUUUACUGAAGGCUGCAAAUCAGUUGCAGCUGGAAUGAAUGCAAUGGACCUGAGGCGUGGUAUAAGUAUGGCUGUUGAUGCUGUUGUAACAAAUUUGAAAAGCAGAGCCCGGAUGAUCAGCACAUCUGAAGAAAUAGCACAGGUUGGGACAAUAUCUGCUAAUGGAGAGCGAGAAAUUGGUGAGCUGAUUGCAAAAGCCAUGGAGAAAGUUGGCAAAGAGGGAGUUAUCACAAUUUCAGAUGGCAAAACUUUAUAUAAUGAGUUGGAAGUUGUUGAAGGAAUGAAGCUUGACAGGGGCUACAUUUCUCCUUAUUUCAUAACAAAUGAUAAGAACCAGAAAUGUGAACUCGAGGAUCCCCUCAUUCUAAUCCAUGAGAAGAAAAUCUCAAGUAUAAAUGCUAUAGUUAAAGUAUUGGAGUUAGCUUUGAAGAAACAUAGACCUUUAUUGAUUGUUGCCGAGGAUGUUGAAAGUGAUGCACUUGCAACUCUUAUUCUAAAUAAGCUUCGUGCUGGAAUUAAGGUAUGUGCUAUUAAAGCCCCUGGCUUUGGUGAGAAUAGGAAGGCUGGUCUUCAAGAUCUUGCAGUUCUCACAGGAGGAGCACUUAUAACUGAAGAACUUGGCUUGAAGCUUGAAAAAGUGGAUUUGGAUAUGCUUGGCACUUGCAAAAAAAUAACAAUUUCCAAGGAUGACACUGUCAUUCUUGAUGGAGCUGCAAUUGAAAAUAGCACCUCAGAUUAUGACAAGGAAAAGUUACAGGAAAGAUUAGCCAAGCUUUCUGGUGGUGUUGCAGUGCUUAAGAUUGGAGGAGCCAGUGAAGCUGAAGUUGGUGAGAAGAAGGAUAGAGUGACAGAUGCCUUGAAUGCAACUAAGGCCGCAGUAGAGGAGGGCAUAGUACCUGGUGGUGGUGUUGCUCUUCUCUAUGCAUCAAAAGAGUUGGAUAAACUUCAAACUGCUAACUUUGAUCAGAAGAUUGGUGUCCAGAUUAUCCAAAACGCUUUAAAGACCCCUGUGCUCACUAUUGCAUCAAAUGCGGGAGUUGAGGGUGCGGUUGUUGUUGGCAAACUAUUGGAACAGGAUGAUCAUGACCUAGGAUAUGAUGCUGCCAAAGGUGAAUAUGUGGAUAUGGUUAAAUGUGGAAUCAUCGACCCAUUGAAGGUGAUUAGGACAGCCUUGGUUGAUGCAGCCAGUGUAUCAUCUUUGAUGACAACAACUGAAGCUGUCGUGUCUGAACUUCCAAAGGAUGAUAAAGAUACUCCAGCUAUGGCUGGUGGAAUGGGUGGCAUGGAUUAUUAA